AUGGCGGUGGCGGCGGCGGUGGGAGUGGGCGCUGGCGCCGGGGGCCCAGGAGCCGCGGGCGGUAGCGGCGGGGCGCGCGAGGGCGCGCGGGUGGCGGCGCUGUGCCUGCUGUGGUACGCGCUGAGCGCGGGCGGCAAUGUAGUCAACAAGGUGAUCCUGAGCGCCUUCCCGUUCCCCGUGACCGUGUCGCUGUGCCACAUCCUGGCGUUGUGCGCGGGGCUCCCGCCUCUGCUCCGCGCCUGGCGCGUGCCCCCGGCGCCGCCAGUCUCGGGCCCUGGGCCCGGUCCGCAUCAGUCGCCGGGCCCGCUCCUGCCACCGCGCUUCUACCCGCGCUACGUGCUGCCGCUCGCCUUCGGCAAGUACUUCGCGUCAGUGUCUGCGCACGUCAGCAUCUGGAAGGUGCCCGUGUCCUACGCGCACACCGUCAAGGCCACCAUGCCCAUCUGGGUGGUCCUCCUGUCCCGGAUCAUCAUGAAGGAGAAACAGAGCACCAAGGUGUACCUGUCACUCAUCCCCAUCAUCAGCGGCGUCCUGCUGGCCACUGUCACGGAGUUGUCCUUCGACAUGUGGGGGCUUGUCAGUGCCCUUGCUGCCACACUGUGCUUCUCGCUUCAGAAUAUUUUCUCCAAAAAGGUAUUAAGAGAUUCAAGGAUCCACCAUCUCCGGCUGCUGAACAUCUUGGGCUGCCAUGCCGUCUUUUUUAUGAUCCCCACGUGGGUCCUGGUGGACCUCUCGGCUUUCCUGGUCAGCAGCGACCUGACCUAUGUGUCCCAGUGGCCUUGGAUGCUUCUGCUCCUGGCUGUCAGCGGCUUCUGUAACUUUGCCCAGAACGUCAUUGCCUUCAGCAUCCUCAACCUCAUCAGCCCUCUGAGCUACUCGGUCGCCAACGCCACCAAGAGAAUCAUGGUCAUCACAGUGUCCCUGAUCAUGCUGCGAAACCCAGUCACCAGCACCAACGUCCUGGGCAUGAUGACGGCCAUCCUGGGAGUCUUUCUGUACAACAAGACCAAGUAUGAUGCGAAUCAGCAAGCCCGGAAGCACCUCCUCCCCGUCACGACGGGGGACCUGAGCAGUAAGGAGCAUCAUCGGAGCGCCCUGGAGAAGCCCCACAACGGCAUUCUCUUCCCCCAGCACGGGGACUAUCAGUACGGCCGCAACAACAUCUUGACAGAUCACUUCCAGUACAGCCGGCAGAGCUACCCAAACUCGUACACUUUGAACCGUUACGACGUGUAGAGUCUAGCGACCAGGGCAGGACGUUCUGCCAAUCCUCCCUCUUACCCCCCAGCAGUACCAGAAACUUCUGACAACCAGUGAAUGUACAACCCAGCCAAGGGGGGAUGGUGCAGAACCAUCAGAAGACCCUGGGGUUCCCGGCCCCCUGGGGGCAGCAGGACGCCGUCCCUGCAGUGGGGACCACUGCUCCCGAGCUCCGGUGUUUCAUGCCCUUUCUUCCUGGAGUCUGUCUUCUGAGGGCUGCGUCGCCAUAUGGAAAUCUCGUCCGGCUUUUACCUUUCUGUGUGGACUUACUUCCCAAGUCAUGUUUUUCAGAGUUCUUGUUCUGUUUUCCAGAUAACAGCCAGGACCCUCUCUGGAAAGGACACAGACCUCGGAGUGGGCAAGAGGUGGUUUGCAGGGAGGGUGGCAAGGGUGGUGCUUGGUGACAGGCUAGCAGCUUUAAUUCCACUGCUCAGGUAGGCGUAGGACUGGUGCAGCCAUGGAGCAGAGGAGUGUAACGGUUAUUGAAAACAUCUCCAGCCACAAAGAUGGACUCAGCUUUCUGAUCAGCCCAUGGCUGUUUGCAGUUCUGGCAAAUGUUCCCCAGUGCAAAGCUAUUGUAAUUAGCAUUGAAUUCUUAGAGCCUAAUUCUGACACAAAAGUCAGAGGUGGCGUGUGCCCGGAUCCAGAGGGAAAGGUGGCCACUGUCUCCUGGGCUCCCUCUUCCGUUGGUGGAGCAGGGCAUCUCUCCUCUCGGAGCAGCAAGGAGGAGGGGACACAGGGCUGUGAGAAGGAUCAUGAGGAAAUCGUGUUCAGUGUUUCA